AUACACAUGAGUGUAUCACUGGUCGUUAUCCGUCUGGAGCUCGCAGACCAGUCUCUCUCUCCACGGAAUUUCCAAUACACCGCCGCUGAGGAUAUGUCAGAGGAGGAUUUGCAGGAGAAAGCUCUGGGCUCAGCCAGGCUUUCUCUGAGUGGGAAGACAGAGUUGGAGAGAGCAGCAGUCCUACACCAGCACAUCGGCAGCAGAGCCAUGGGAGACAUGGUCAUCGAGACCAUCGCACCCAACCCUGAUAAAGGAAAGGUUGAGCAGACUGGGGCAGAGGGAGAGGAGGAUGGAGGAGCCCGCACUCUAGAGAAUCAACCAGACGAGAGGGACCCUAAUGAGGGCACUACAGAGGACAGUGCCGAUGGCACAGAGACGACUCCAGACUCGCCCUCCAAGCAUCUUCCAGACCAGAUCUCCUUCUUCAGUGGAAACCCCUCAGUGGAGAUAGUCCACGGCAUCAUGCACCUCUACAAGACCAACAAGAUGACAUCCCUGACGGAGGACGUGCGUCGCAGUGCCAUGCUGUGUAUCCUGACCGUCCCCUCCACCAUGACCAGCCACGACCUCAUGAAGUUUGUGGCACCUUUUUAUGACGUCAUGGAGCACAUGAAGAUCAUACGAGACCCCACCCCUAACCAGUACAUGGUGCUGAUUAAGUUCAGUAGCCAGGCUGACGCAGAUAGUUUCUACACAGCGUGUAAUGGCCGUACGUUCAACUCCAUAGAGGACGCAGUCUGCCAGCUGGUCUAUGUGGAGAGAGCCGAGGUCAUCAAGUCUGAGCAGGGCGCCAGUCUUCCAGUGAUGGAGCUGACAGAGCUUCCUAAGUGUACCGUGUGUCUGGAGAGGAUGGACGAGUCAGUGAACGGGGUUCUCACUACACUCUGUAACCACAGCUUCCACAGCCUGUGUCUGCAACGCUGGGAGGACGCCUCCUGUCCUGUGUGUCGGUACUGCCAGACCCCAGAGCCUGUAGAGGAGAACAAGUGCUUUGAAUGUGGCGUACAGGAAAACCUGUGGAUCUGUCUGAUCUGUGGUCAUAUUGGCUGUGGUCGCUACGUCAGUCGUCAUGCCUACAAACACUUUGAAGAGACGCAGCACACGUACGCCAUGCAGCUCACUAACCACCGUGUCUGGGACUAUGCUGGAGAUAACUAUGUUCACAGGCUGGUGGCCAGUAAGACUGAUGGGAAGAUGGUUCAGUACGGGUGUGAAGGAGAAACCUGCCAUGAGGAGAAGAUAGACGCUCUGCAAUUAGAGUAUUCUUACCUCCUAACGAGUCAACUGGAGUCCCAGCGCAUUUACUGGGAGAAUAAGAUAGUUCACCUGGAGAAGGACACAGCGGAGGAGAUCAACAACAUGAAGGCCAAGUUUAAGGAGACCAUAGAUCGCUGUGAUAACCUGGAGCGUCGGCUGGGAGAGCUGGCCAAGGACAAACAGAGCAUGGACAAGAAGUGUGGUCAGCUGUCGACCCGUGUGACAAAACUUGGUCAUGAGCUGAAGGAAGAACAGGAAAUGAACCGCUGUCUGAGAGCUAAUCAGGUUCAACUACAGGCCCAGCUGGCCGAGGAGGAACGCAAGGCGAGAGAGACGGGCGAGCGUAAGGACGGGGUGAUAGCCGAGCUCCAGGAGCAGCUGAGAGAUGUCAUGUUUUACCUGGAGACCCAGCAGCAGAUAGAAGGUCUUCCUCCAGAGACCAGGACUGAGAUACAGGAAGGAAGCAUCAACAUCGGCGCAGCAGCCACUCCCGCCCCAGGACCCUCCGCCAUAGGCAGAGGCCGCAGGGGGCGGUCCAAAAGGGGGAAGUAGAGAGGACACAACUAGGAAGUGGAGAGAUGAAGGGAAGUCGGAUGCCGGAAGUGACCCACAAAAAUGACAUUAUUGAAGUGUGUGUGAGUGAGUGCGUGUUUGUGCCUUUGUGUGUGCCUGUGUUUGUGCUUUGCAAAAGGACCCUGGCUCCUUAGACACUAUUUGGAGAUGAAGAGGUCAGAAGUUAGGUGUAUAUCUCUGCUUUAAGGCGCCCACUUUGCUGGAUUAAAAAAUGAUUGAUUUGAAAGAGGUUUGCGCUUCUCCCUCGUUACAUCAUUUUUGGGGGGUUGACCUGCUAGUUUACGUCCUUAAAGAAGGAGGAGAGAUUCAUGGGAAUAAGGAAGUGAGUAAACCGGACAGUAAUGAUCGAAAGAAAGAAAGAAAGAAAAUACCUCUCAUGUUUGAUUAUGCAGGCUUUUUUUGUGUGUUACUACAGUUUACAUGAGUUGUUUAGAAAGUGGGCUGGAUCAGUGUGAAGUUCACUACCAGCUGGUUCUCCGCACUUUUGUCAUCUGUUUUAUCAAACAUCUGAUUCAUCUGAUCUCAUGAAAUGUCAUGACUCAGUCCUGUCGUGAGAAUGGGGUUUCUGCUGGGGUUUUUUUUCUUCAUUUUGAUCAUUUUAACGUGUCAGAACUGAAGAUCCGAGAUUUAAGUCAAGUGCUGAAAUGUUUAAUUUCUCAAUUUACGAAUGACCUGUGUUAGACCUAUAGACUGUUAUGUGGCUGGUGCUUUGGCAUUCCUACACAGCUGAGAUGUGCAUCUGUACAAUCUAGAAUAUAUAAUACCAGGGUUUGACAUCAAGGGUUGCCCUAUUUCCUUGGGCAAGUGACUUUAGCAGCCACGCAAGUUGAGCCUGCACUGAGGUUUCCCCAUUGGGCAGGUGAUUUUUUUGUUGUUGAUGUUGUGUGAAAAUAACCAAACUGCAAAUAAUUCCAGUAGCCUAAAACUGAUCUUUCUGUUUCCUCCCGAUUGUUUAAGUGAAAGACAGACAAUUUAUCACAUUUAUAGUCAGGCAAGUUUAGCCAGCCUCGUAUUUUUUGAAAAUACAAAAAAUUCCAGUACUGAUGUUUCUGAUUCCUCCCCUAUGUGUAGGGGAAAGGCAGGAAAUACAUGGCACUUCUGCAUGUAAAUGGCAAAUAAAAUAAUUUGGGGCAAGUAAUAAGAAUCUUUGGACAAGUGCCAAGCAGAUUUUUUUCGUGAAUCCCUGUAAUGCAGUACAAUACUCUACAAAUACAGUCUACAUCAGUUUCA